AGGAGACAAAGUUCACUGAGCGAGAGAGAAAAAAAAUGUCAACGACGCACCUCAGCUCCCCGGCGCCCAACCAGAGCUCCUUAUCCACGGACGCGUACGAGAAGGACCCGUCGGAGGCGGAGAGGAGAAUCCGCAUGUUGCUUUUCGCUUUGUGCGUAACGAUCGCCGCCGUUACGUUUGCCGGAGGUGUGUACUCGCUUCUCUGCCUCAUCCGGAUGAGGAGGAAAACGUCCCUGUGCGUGAUCGUGGCUUCCAUGUCCGUGGACGACCUGCUGAGCGUGGUGCCGCUCUCCCUCUUCAUGCUCCUGCAGUGGGAGAAAGACGAGGGCGGCGGAUCGGGGAGUCUGUGCACUCUGUCGGGACUCCUCUACGUCUUCCAGGGGGUCUCCAGCAACAUGAAGGCUUGCCUUAUAGCAGCUUACACUUUUUAUGUCACCAGGAGGUUCGGGGUGCUCCAGUCGGCGCGCCGGCCCGUGGCGGUGAUGUGGGCUGUGGCGGGCGUGUGGGCGGUCAGCCUGGCCGUCAGCCUCCCGCCUGUGUGCGGAUGGGGCAGCUUCACCCCGUCCUCUCUGGGCUGCUUCCCGGAGAGUGACAGCUUCUACACCCUACUGCUGUUCUGCGUGUACUCGCUGUGUUUGUCCGGCUUGCUGAUCUUCUUCGUGCCGCUGACCUACCAGCUGCUGUGCUCCAGGGAGCCCCAGAGGACUCUGCUGUGUCCCGGCUACGGAGAGAUGGAGCGCGCGCUGAGCGGUUCCGCGGCCCUCUGCGACUUCCAGUCCUUCUCCCGGGACAGUUUGGACAAAAGUUUCGGCGGCUACAACGAGCUGAGUCCGAGUUCGUGGGGGACGCGGCUGCAGCUCCGGGGCGGCGGAGACAGCUGCGUGUCUGUGGGCGUGCGCGGGGUGCCGGCUGUGGGCGACACGCCGGCAGUGUUUGCGCAAAAACGUUUCUCCAUGAUCCUGGCGGUGGUCAGGGUGGUUUUGUGGAUGCCAAUGAUGACAUUGGUGCUGGUGCAGCAUGCAGUGGAAGUGCACAGCGCAUCUCUGGAGACUCUGUGCUUCUUUCUGACUUUUCUCGCCCCUGCGGUCACUCCACUGUUUGUACUGUCUGAGCGCUGGAUCCAUAUGCCAUGUGGGUGCUUCAUUAACUGCAAACGGGAUCCGCUGCAGCAACCCUCAGUGUUUAAACGAAGAUUCGAAUUCAACCUCUCCUUCCAACAAGGUUAUGGUGUGUACAAAUUAUCCCACGCUGCCAUAUCUCCGCACAGCCCUCCCACUGAGAAGCCCGACUAUGACAGCCUUUUUAACAUCGACUUCCCCACUACUCAUCUCGAUGUACUACAAAGCAGUGGCCUCUCCAGCUUUGGGCCUGAUUUUGAAAUCAGCACCACGUGCCCGGUGGAUAGCUCCUGUCAUGCAGACCUCAUAUUGGAGGCAGACACUGGUGGAAGAGAGGCGCUGGCUGCUUGUCCAUCACUUCCCCAUGAUGACCACGGAGAUGAUGAUGACUUCCGCUGCGUCCCCUCACCCCCCUGUAACCACCAUGAGCAGGGCUGUGACCUCACAGACAAGUCGUCAGUGUUCGAGGGGCCAGAGAGGAGGCUGUCGCAUGAGGAGUGUCGGAAAAUUGAGCUGACCGAUUGGGAAUGGUGCAGGAGUAAAUCAGAGAGAACACCCAGACAGCGUUCUCCAGGCGGUUUGUCAAUCCCUCUAUGUGCCUUCCAAGGCACUGUAUCAUUGCAAGCACCCACAGGAAAGACUCUAUCUCUUUCCACCUACGAGGUCAGCAGUGAUGGACUCAAAAUUUCUCCAAACAAUGCCAAGAAGGUGGAAGUCUACAGGUCCAAAUCAGUUGGCCAUGAGCCAAGUGCCGAUGACAAAACAUCAACAUGUCAAGCUGGAGACAUGAACACCAGUUGCAUCGGUUCAGGCAUGGACAUCGACAUUGGUAUGGGAAUUGGAGCUGGUGUAGGGGACACCAAUGUUAAGAUCCACCUAGAGGUUCUGGAGAUCUGUGAGAAUGAGGAGGCCAUGGACAGCGUCUCCAUCAUCUCCAACAUCAGUCAGUCCUCCACCCAUGCCCGCUCACCAUCGCUGCGUUACUCACGGAGGGAAAACCGCUUUGUCUCUUGUGACCUGGGUGAGACAGCCUCUUACUCUUUGCUCAUUCCCAGCAGUGGCAACCCAGAGGCAGAGACCAUCAAUAUCACUAUACCUGACACUGUGGAGGCCCACCGACAGAACAGCCAGCGCCAGACCCAGGAAAGCUCUGGAUAUCAUGAAGAGAUACAGCUGCUCAAUGAGGCCUACAGAAAGCAAGCUGAAGAUGGGCAAGACUGAAACACACAGAGGCAUUGUCCCAGAAAGAAUAAGACAUUUUCUGUCAUUUAUUUCUCAUUCAUACAGAUGACUGAAAUAAGACUUAUCUAUUUGCGCCUACUGGUAGUUCCUCUUCAGACAGCAUUGUUAGUCGAUGGGAUAAAUAGAUUAGGCUGUAAAAGAAAUGCUAACAGAUGUCAUUGUAAACUGUUGUAAAUGAGAUGCAGAGAGCAAGAGUAGGUGGACAAAUCAUUUGUAUUCCUGCCAUCACUUCCACCAUAUGGCAGCCAGACGUAGAAGAGGAGGAGCUGAGGCAGAGUCACAUGUACACAUGCCGUGUACAUUACGUCACCAGUGACUCAGUUGUGUGCUGAUUUCUUAAAAGGGUCACGUGAUCCAUGUGUCUGAGUGAUCCCUGUAUGUAGUGGCGAGACUGUUUUUGAGUGACUGAUUAACAAAUGUAGUUUGAGGGUGAAGAUGCAGGUUCCAGGAGAGUGUGUCAACUGCCAAUAGUGUUCAAAUGAUUUUCCAUA